GAAAGUGAUGGACUUGAUACAGGCGUCGCCAAAAUGCAGUUAUCAGGCUCAAAGGAGGCUGAGGCUGAGGAGGUAGGCUGCGUUAGCCAUGAAGACGAAAGCAUAGGUCAGGAUGUGCCAACCGCUGACGGAAAUUGCUUUCCUUCCGGAGACUGCAGUACCCUUGAGGCCAUGUUGGAUGACCUGGCGAUAGCCUGGGUGGAUGAAAGUCUGGCUCAGCCUGAGGCUUCGAUAUCAAACCGAUCCGCCAGGUUAUUGCACAAAGCGAAGGCCUACAAGAGGGUUAGGAAGCAGUAUUUCGAUCGCAAACAGCGUUCACAAAAUAGUGCCACCGGUAGAAGUUCCUGGUCCGCUCUGCCUACCCAAUCUCAACGCCACAUGCACCUGCUUGGUGACUAUCCGGAACCAUUAACGCUGGAGCAGCUAUUGGCUAGUCAGAAAGAACAGAAAGCCUACCUCAAGCGACAGGCUGCCAUGAUCCACGUGGAUGAAAUCCUCCAGAAGGCCAAAGACGCUGAAUGCAUUGGCAGCUGGAAGAAAGAAUACCACAAGAAACAGCGAAGCCUCUCUGCUGUCUACAGACAGAAGAAUUCUGAAGCAAUAAAACAAGAGGCCCUGGACCGCAUUCAAUACGCACCAUUUGAUACAAAUAAGAAGCAGAUGCUCAUAAUGCUGCCUACUCAAUUGGAACAGGAGAAAAUGAAGCCGAAGCCUGCCAUUGCAGGAGAGCCCCCGCCUCCGCAUCUAGAUAAGGGCGUUUUACUUAUGAUGGAAAAAGAACGGGCGAAAAAGGACAAAAUGCUGUACCGUCAAGUACACCGAUUGUCCGACUAUAUAGACUCGAAAGUUACGGAACCCGUACAGGGGUCUAGGGCUGAAUUAGAAGACGCGAGCCAGAAUUUGGCCCUCGCCCUGCAACUGCAAAUGCGGUUGAGACGGCGACGGGACGUUCUUACGCAACUGAAAAUGACAACACAUCCCACCGCCUUCCUGUGA